AACUGAAGGGGUUUCCGCGGUUCGACCUCAACGCGGCCACAAGGCGAGACGGUACGGCCCUGUCGGAUGAACGUAGCGGGCGUACCUAUGUCUCCUCGCCUAUUUGAAAUCCUUUAGUCACCUUCCCGAUUUCUAUGGUGAAACGUUUGUUUGUUUAGUUUGGACUUUGGUGUCGAGUUUCUACUUUUAUCGAAGUGGCUCGCGUGAGAUGGUGCCGCUGGGGCCGUCGCAGAACCUCCAAGCCGGCAAUCACCAGAUUUGCUCCAUGAACACUGGGACAACGAGUAAACAGUCAAGCUCAUCCAUGAAGCCAAAUUAUACUCUUAAAUUCACACUUGCUGGCCACACGAAAGCCGUUUCCUCAGUCAAGUUUAGCCCCAAUGGCGAAUGGCUGGCCAGCUCUUCUGCUGACAAACUUAUAAAAAUCUGGGGCGCAUAUGACGGCAAAUUUGAAAAGACAAUUGCCGGGCACAAGCUGGGCAUAUCAGAUGUCACUUGGUCGAGUGACAGCCGCCUUCUAGUCAGUGCAUCUGAUGACAAAACAUUGAAGAUUUGGGAACUUAGCUCUGGUAAAUGUUUAAAAACAUUGAAAGGACAUAGCAAUUAUGUUUUUUGUUGCAAUUUCAAUCCUCAGUCUAACCUCAUAGUGUCUGGAUCCUUUGAUGAAAGUGUGAGGAUUUGGGACGUAAGGACAGGUAAAUGUUUGAAAACGCUCCCCGCUCAUUCUGACCCAGUUAGUGCUGUGCAUUUCAACCGUGAUGGGUCUCUCAUAGUGUCCAGCAGCUACGACGGCUUAUGCCGAAUAUGGGACACAGCAUCCGGGCAAUGUCUUAAGACUUUGAUCGAUGAUGAUAACCCUCCUGUAUCAUUUGUCAAGUUCUCGCCUAACGGCAAGUACAUAUUGGCGGCCACGCUUGACAAUACGCUCAAGCUCUGGGACUACAGCAAGGGCAAAUGUUUAAAAACUUACACCGGGCACAAAAAUGAGAAAUACUGUAUAUUCGCAAAUUUCUCUGUGACAGGUGGAAAGUGGAUCGUCUCAGGGUCCGAAGACAAUUUAGUAUACAUAUGGAAUCUCCAAACUAAAGAAAUUGUACAGAAACUUACUGGACACACUGAUGUGGUGUUGUGCACAACAUGCCAUCCGACUGAGAAUAUCAUAGCUUCGGCAGCCCUAGAGCAGGACAAAACGAUAAAACUUUGGAAAAGUGAUACAUAAUUUUAAUACCCGCAUUUAUGAAGAAUUUGUGUUACCUGGUGAUUUCGUUUUCAACCUUAUCACAAGCAAAAACAUUGUCAUUUCAACUGUGUUAAUUAUGUAAAUAAUUUAUUAUAACAUGUAUAUAAAUUUGCAUAUGUUCUAUUUGCAAA